UUCCCGUGCUCCACCUUCUACCUUUCCUAGGCUUUUCAAUCUCGCUUUCCACCAUGGCUUCCAAAUUAAGCCUAACGUCCGCUCUCACACUUCCCAACUCCAAGUACAAGAUUCCUCAUAUCGGCUUCGGCGUCUACCAAUCCCCGCUAUCUACCUGCGUGAACUCCUGCCUCACCGCAAUCACAGCUGGCUAUCGCCAUAUCGACACUGCGCAGUAUUACGCCAAUGAAACAAGCGUCGGCCGAGCUGUUCGUGACUCCAGUGUUUCCCGCUCCGAGCUCUACAUCACCACCAAGAUUCUUUCUCCAGGCAAAGACAUUGAGUCGACAUACAAGUCCAUCGAAGACAGCGUUGAGAAGUUGGACGGUAAGAAUGGCUACGUGGACCUUUUCUUGAUACACAGUCCCAAUGGUGGGAAAGAGAGUAGAAAAUUGAUGUGGCAGGCUUUGGAGAAGGCGAAAGCGAAUGGUAAAGUGCGGGACAUCGGAGUCAGCAAUUACGGAGUUGGGCACAUUGAAGAGAUUAAAGAAUUUGGGCAGGUAUGGCCGCCAGCCGUCAAUCAGAUUGAGCUCCAUCCGUGGUGCCAGCAACGUGAGGCUGUUGAGUACUGCAAGAAAAACAACAUUGUUGUUGAAGCAUACUGCCCGAUCGUUCGCAACCAGAAGGUCGACGACAAAACGCUCAACGAAAUUGCGAACAAACACAAGACGUCGCCGAACCAGGUACUCAUCCGUUACGCUCUAGAGAAGGGUUGGGUUCCCUUGCCCAAAUCCGAUUCGCCGAAGAGAAUCGAGAAGAACGCGGAUGUCUAUGGCUUUGAGCUGGAUGUUAAGGACAUGGAAAUUUUGGACGGUCUAGAUCAAGGCAAGAGCGGUGCGAUUGUGCAGGCUGUUAGCAACGUCCCUUCAUAG